AAAUCAAACCACGUCGUUGUUGUUGAUCACACCGACGUCCGGCCAACGUUGCCAUUUUUCUCGUCGGAACACUGCCACUAUGAAUUAUUCGUCGUUGAGCGUUUUCAUCGGUGUGAUCUGCCUUGCCAUACUCACCUCCUCGAGCCCAGUAAAUCGAGAUGAGCUCUCGAGAGCCCUGCCAAAAAAAACCGUGCCAAAGAAUAAUUUCAAAACGGAUCGAAAUAGCGUUGAGCUUCAGUGUGAACCAGAAGAUUUUGUCGUGAAAGUCAAUUUCACUCAACCAUUCCGCGGCAUUGUUCACGCCGGCCCGAAGAGCAAUAAGUGUCUUCUUCGUGGAGACGGGGGUCAAUAUUAUACUCUCCGCAUUCCGCUCGAUGGAUGCGGAACAAUCCACAAUGAGGGCCGUUUCAGCAAUACUCUAACGAUACGCUUCCAUCCGUCCCUGGAACUCGAGGGGGACGAAUUAAAAACGCUAGUUUGUCGAUUCAAAACAGAAGCCGUCCUUGUCAGAUAGUUACAUUUCGCUCCCGAAUCAUAGACCUUGCACUAUUUAUGAUAUGACAAUAAAUUAUUCUAUGUAUUUAUCAAA